AUGACGGACUCCGCCGAUCCAAGCCUGCUCCGGCUGCCAAAUCCAUGUAUCCAAACCGACCCAACAGAAGAGUCAGUCCGUCAACUUUUACCUCUCGCAACUGAAGUCAUCGACGAUGUCCAACCUGCCACCACCCAAAGCAGCGAGCCUGUUGAAAAUGAUCAACAGCCGCCACCAGUCAUCACCUCAGCCUCAGCUCAAGCUCCCCCACCACCCCAAACUGGUCAGGCCAAACAGAUUGUGGUGCAUCGACCAGCAAAUGUUGAUCGCCUCGAUUACUUUGCCUUUAGCCACAAUGCCGAUGCUUACUGUCAUGGUGUGGAGGCCAAAUGGACGCGCGGCACCAUUCUUACUGUUGCGACCAGAGUGAGCGCUGCAUCUGGCAGCGACAAUGUGCAAAAGAUUCCCAGCCUUGAGCCAACACCUGAGGAGCUUCACCCGACUCCUGAUCAUCUCGGCGUCCAUGGCUAUCUUUGGGUAGGUAUGACCCCAAGCGAUGAGACUAUUGACUCGCUCGCUGAAUCGCCUGCUGGAGAUGCCACAGCAGAUGCCAGCGAUGACAAAAGUAAAGAUACCAAGAAGAAAAAGCCCAAGUUGCAGGGCAAAAAGCAUCGGCGGGAUUUGAAACUGGCCAGUUCGACCGAUGAAGAGAUACGCAUCCUCCCGAAAGACGAGAGCGCCUUGCGGGUUGUGGUUAACCUCAGGGGCAAGAACAUGUCUUUGCUGAAACUCAGCAACAGAGACAACACUUCAGGAACCUGCACUUCCGAGAGUGUCAAGGCGGAUAACGUUUUCUUUUUCCGUGUUUUUCGCAAAGAUGAUGCCACAGGAGUGGGAGAACGCCGCAACUUCUUCAAGGAAACAUUCACCAAGCUCCGGGACGCCAUGGAGAAGGAUGGCAGUAAUGGUGUGGCAAAAGCUCUAAAGGCGAUGGCACCCGUUGCGGCUUCGGGCGGUCAAACACAGCGAGUGGCAGCGAGCGGUAGUAAGAAUAGUACAAAAAAGCCACGGGCUCCCAGGUCUGAUAAGACCGACCCGCCACAAACAGCUACGCCCAAGUCCGCCAAGGGAAAUCAGGGUACGAAGCGGAAAAAUACAGACACUGGCAGCUCUACGCCUCAGGCGCAAGCAGGCAAUGAAGCCGCAAAGUCAAAAAAGCAGAAGAUGUCGAACGUUUCCACCCCGGUGUCGUUAACCGCUACAAAUGGCAAGAGUACAACCAAGUCUAAAGCUCUACCUCCAACUGAGCUAGAUGACAACGCUGGCGCCAACCCUGGCAAUAAAGUGGACCAGCAACUAGCUGGACCGGCCAAAAGGACUCGGAAUGAUAAUGACUCAAGCCAGCAAUAUGGCAUUGUCAAUAACGGCUACCCCAUCUCUGCUCUUCCGGGCACACCUGACUUCCCGCGAGGAUCUGACAAUAGCCAGGUAGCAGCUCCCAGUCCUAUAGCCAGCAAUGAUACUGAUUGUCUCUCGUCAACCUCAACCCUUCAAGCUCCCGGCCCAUCUGUUUCGGCCGCAAUGGCCAGCCCGACACCCACGCGUCCAGCCAGCCUGCCGGGCCGGGGAGUCGGUUUCAGCUCCUCGGAGAGCCAUAUCAUCCCUCCUGUCGGAGACCCCUCCGCAUUUCAGAGUGACCGUGGUAUCAAUGCCUUGAAAACUACAAGUACAAUGUGGAACCCGGUUUGGCGGUCAGUCAAGACUUCGAUGGAGACACAAAGCUUACAUCAAAUGAAUGAUGAGGCUGAGCUCGGGUUUUUGGAGCAAGAAGAGCUGGAACAGCAGAGGAUUCAGUACGGUGUUGGGGCUCGAAACGCACAGCAACAGCAAUCUUGGCAGCAACUGUUCCGUCAUCCGCAGUCACGCUGUGACAUGCCUACCUAUCUGGGUCAGGCAUCAGGCCAGUUUUUCCAGGAAUCUGCUCUCAAGAAGCAGCAUCCGCAGAAACAAGACAACACGCGGCCAAAUUACCCGUGGCUGCAGCAAAAGAAUCCUUUGGGCCCAUCAAAACCCAACUUGAUGCAAAACAUCCAAUCAUCCUCCGUACGGCUUCCCAAGCAGUACGAUACGGCAGAGGAACUCUUUACUCCUCUGGGCCGCCAUGUUGUUUCACUAGUAUCCAGCAUAGAUCGUCACAGCAAGAGCAACGUCAAUACCAUCAAAUACGCCACCACCAUGAUUGAUCAGCUUUCCAACAUCACAAAUUCAUCCAGCCUGAUUUUACAGCUACGUCUCAGCCCACCAGCCCCCAGCGCGGACAUCAAAACUGUUCUAGAGCCAAUGUUAUCUGAUUUGAUUGGUCUCUUCCCUGAACUAGCUCAGGAGCUCAAUAGGGAAACUUUCAGCAUUCUCCUGUAUGCCCUCCGUGUCUCUGACAAGACAGUCGAGUAUGAAAUGGUUCCCCAGUUCAUCUACGGCUUCACCCGCGAGCUCGCCAAUCAGCGUGCCGACAAGGGUGAUGAACACGCCCUCCACAAGGAGAACCUGUAUCGAAUUGUCCAAGGCGCUAUCAACAUCGCCCGUGACCUUGUCUAUCAUCGUAACAAUGACCAUAGGCAGGGGGUCCAUGAGCAACAGCGGCAAACGAGGCAGAUUGUGACAGUCGACAAUAUGGCGGAGCAAAACAGCCCCAACGGACACUCGAGUCACAAAGAAUACCACAGCACUAGAGUCGGAGAGAUUGCCCAUAACGCAGUGGACAAUACUCAGCCCUACACGGACUCCACAUUUGCCACUUUGAACCAAGUCAACGGUUUCGAAAAUGAUACUUAG